AUGAAACUAAGUGUCAGUGCCUAUCGAGCCCAUGCAUCAGCACACAAGAAGAUCCUCUCCAGCAGUAGCUAUCAGACCCAGUUCAACUACGGCAGUACGGCGGCCGCUGGCAGCUCGACCCCGAACCCGUCUGCACUGUUUUCAAUGGACCCAACGAAUCCGGGUGCAGCAGCGGCCGCAUCCGGAGCAGCAGGACUACCGACAUGUUCGACCAUAUCGUCCGCCAGUACGCAGAUUCAGCCGUUCGGUGCAUUCGGUGCCACCGCAUCCGGCCACGCUACCACCGGAAGUGGAUCCGGCGGCGGCGAGAACCCGGCCUGCUCCAGCCUGCUCAGCCCGACGCUGCUGUCGCCGGGGACCAACACCGGCACGGCAUCGAUUGCGACGUCCCGCGACGAGGAGGACGACUCGAGCAAUCAGGCUUCGUCCGGCAGCAAGGGUUCCGGCCAGCGAACGAAGUCGAACCAGCGAUGGAUGAAGCUGCGGACAACGGUACAAAUUUCCUCUGCCAUGCAGAAGAAACCUCCUCUGAAGCGAGAGGAUUCCUUUAUGAAGCGCUUUUCGACCCGCCAGAUACCGGAGGCUCAGGAAACGGUCGAGGAUACUGGAUCGGAGGGUGCGACCGACGCGGAGAAAACGGUCCGCCGAAGGCGUCGGUUUGCCAAGAUUCCCCGCACGGUCGUCAAUCCGGACGAGAACUUUUACUUCUACUGGCUGAUGCUCGUGACGAUCAGCAUCCUGUACAACCUCUGGACGCUGAUCGUGCGCCAGAGCUUCCCGGAACUGCAGAGCAACGCGAAUCGCUUCUGGAUCUCCUGUGAUUGCCUCACCGAUAUAGUAUUCAUCUUCGACGUGGCGGUACAGCUGCGGACGGGCUACCUGGAGCAGGGUCUAAUGGUGUACGACUCGAAGAAACUGGCGGGACACUACCUGCGGUCCCGCGCCUUCCUCUUCGACCUGGCGGCACUGAUCCCGCUGGACAUUCUGCAGAUUCGGCUGGGCAGUCAGCCGAUGCUGCGAUUUCCGAGGUUCUUCAAAGUCUAUCGAGCGGUCAAGUAUUACUACAUCGUGGAGAGUCGCACCGUGUGGCCUAACCUGUGGCGGGUGGUCAACCUGAUCCACAUCCUGCUGAUCCUGGCGCACUGGUUCGGGUGCUUCUACUUCCUGCUGUCCGAGGCCGAGGGCUUCCAGGGCGACUGGGUCUACCCGUACCGGCCCGGUGACUACGCCACCCUGACGCGCAAGUAUCUGGGCAGUCUGUACUGGUCGACGCUCACCCUGACGACCAUCGGCGAUCUGCCGACCCCGGAGACGAACGCCGAACCGUCACAAUCGGCGGACGGCCCUAGAUCACUUCCGCGCCGUGGCCUCAAGUCUCGGCUGCUCCAGUUCAACUCGUCCCGCGGGUACGUGUUCACCAUCGUUAGCUACCUGAUCGGUGUGUUCAUCUUCGCCACCAUCGUCGGCCAGGUGGGCAACGUCAUCACGAACCGGAACGCGAACCGGCUCGAGUUCGAGCGGCUGCUGGACGGGGCGAAGACCUACAUGCGCCACCAUAAGGUGCCGGGGGGGAUGAAGCGGCGGGUGCUCCGGUGGUACGACUACAGCUGGUCGCGCGGCCGGAUUCAGGGCGGCGGGGACAUCAACACGGCGCUCGGGCUGCUGCCGGACAAGCUGAAAACCGAACUGGCCUUACAUGUCAAUUUGAGCGUGCUGAAGAAGGUGACAAUAUUCCAGGAGUGCCAGCCCGAGUUCCUGCACGACCUGGUGCUGAAGAUGAAGGCGUACAUCUUCACGCCCGGCGACUCGAUCUGCCGGAAGGGCGAGGUCGCCCGCGAGAUGUUCAUCAUCGCCGACGGCAUCCUGGAGGUGCUGAGCGAGACCGGCAAGGUGCUGACGACGAUGAAGGCGGGCGACUUUUUCGGCGAGAUCGGCAUCCUCAACCUGGACGGGCUGAACAAGCGAACGGCGGACGUGCGCUCGGUCGGCUACUCGGAGCUGUUCUCGCUCUCCCGCGAGGACGUCCUGACCGCGAUGAAGGACUACCCGGAAGCACAAGAGAUCCUGCAGACGCUCGGAAGGAAAAGACUGAUGGAGGUGCGGUGCGUCAACAAGAAGCACGCCAACCGGCACGCCGCCAAGGAACACGCCGCCGCCGCCGCCGAACGGAGCUCAAAUACCCACAAUAACCAAGGUGAUAGUAGUGAUAAUAGUGCCUCAAAACGUAUCGUAGAUAAGCUAAGGUGUGAUGUGAAGGGACUGAAGAACGCCCUGCGCAAGUCCAGGACGGGUACGACCCGGAGGAGCAACGAAUCGAUCGAGAUGCAACCGCUCCAACCGGCUGCCGGCGGAACCGGUAGCGGCGGCAGCGGGGGCAGUGGCAGCAAAACGCCCAAAACCAUGCUGAAGCGCAUGCCACGCGUCAAGUCCGACGACAUCCACACGGAGGACGAGGCCAGCAAGGAGGCCGCCUCCGAUAAGGUGCCGAGCCCGAUCGGGGCCGGACUUCCGCUGCUGCAGCGGCUGCGAAUGCUGAAAGAGAAACAAGACCGCGAAGAGCGUGCCGCGAAAGCAACCGCACAAAUAAUCUCACCACCGCAUACUCACGUUACCUCUGCCAUAUCACCACAGGAAUCGAUACAGGAAGAACCGGAACCGGAAGUGAUCGGCGCCGGCUUGCCGCUGAUGCAAAGACUGAAGUUGCUCAAAGCGAAAGAGGAUCGGCUGGCGAAGGAAUGCCACUCGAAGCUGCAAGUCACGUCGAAUCAGACGUCCAGCUCGCCGUCGAUCGUGCAGAGCCUGAGCCCAACGUCGCCGACGGUGAAGGCACCACCCAGUCCGAUACUGAACACCUCGGGAGCGGUCGGACACCACGCGAAGCCGACCAUGCGCGUGUCGUUCCGGGACCGGCUACGGAGCCUGCACCACCAGGACUCGAAGCAGCACGGGGACGCGAAGGUCCCGGGCCCGGAACGGCCCGGGACGAUCCACGAAACCACCGACAUGAAGCAGCACCUGCUCCAGGGCGGCCCGUCGCACGGCAAGGUUGGCCUGCAUCCUCACCUGCAUCCCCACCACCACCAGCAUCAGCCCCAUCAGCACGGUAAAGGGUCCACGGGACUGUCGCUGAAGGAGAAGAUCCGCUCGCUCGGGCAGCUGCAGCGCGACGACCAGCUGAAGCCGUGGUCCAAGCUGAAGCUGGCGACGGUCGUCAGUCUCGGCGGGAGCUACACCAGCCUCCAGAAUGCGGCCUCCGAGGAGUCGCCGAUACUGAAGCAAUCGAAACGGAACCGCGCCCUCAAGACGUCGAUCCCGGCGGACCUGAACCUGAACUCGCUCGUCUCGAUGGCCCCACCGCCGAUCUUGUCGGCCCCGCCCACGACCUGUGACCCACGAGCGGACGCGCGUCCGGUGGUGCCCAAAAAGACUUCCUCCUUCCCGUUCGGUACCGGUGAGAAGGUGUCCGUCAGCGAUAGCGAGGUGGCUGCGUCGGGGAGUGGCACGCAGCCAGCAGUCCGAGCUGCCAACAGCCGGGCGGACGGAACUUCGCCCGCCCGGGUGCGCCUGAAACCGAAGCCGAUCCAGCUGGAGAGCGAACCGAAGGCGUACCUGUCGGUGGACGACCUGUCGCCCGAGUACUGCGGGUUGCCGUUCGUGAAGAAGCUGAAGAUCCUAAACGAGCGCCAGAAGCUGGCCGAGCUGGAGUCGGCCAUCAGCAAGACGCGCAGCCUCAGCCUCGACUGCACCACCACCGACUCGAGCACGAGCGGCGCGGCCAGCACGCACGACCUGCUGGACCAGCUGACGCGCAGCCAGAGCGAGGGCUCCGGCAUGGCGCACGGGGCCACGGGGCGCUCGAAAAGCGAAUCCCCGACCACCGGCGGGGCUCUGGUCCCCCUCAGUCCCGAGUCGAACGAAACGCUCGAGCGGCGCCAGCUGAAGAGCAUACUGAAGAAACUGUCCGAGGACAAGGCGGCGCUAGAACAGCGCCCGGGCCGGGACAUGAGGCGGCUGCUGCGGGCGCAGACGGUCGAAGGGUACGUUGCCAGACACAGCAAGUUCAGCAAGAGCGUCACCUUCCACAGAAACACCCUCUCUAGUCCCCCCGCCAGUGCGACUCUGUUGCCCUGUGACUCUAUUGAAGACCGUAGCCUUUUUCCCAUUCCUAGCGUACAAACGUCCCCUAGCGGUGCCGUUGUGCCGCCGGCGGCAGCGGCGGCGGCGUCCUCGUCGUCGUCACCACCGCCGCCACCACCACCGCCUACCACGGCGCUGCCGGCGGACGAUGACAGCCAGGCAGCGCCACCGGUGGCCACUGCCGUCGAGCAAGAGCACGAACUCCGCUCGAGUUACUACGCGGUGCUCGAGGAGCGCCACCACCAGGUACGGGAGCCGGUGGACGAGCGUCGGUUGCGGGGCGCCGGUGGGACGGGAGUUCCGCAUCCCGGCACCCUGGCGCUCCUCGGUAACGGUGAACCGCUUCCCGCGGGCUUCCCGUACGCGGUUCACGGCGAUCCCGACACCGACCUCGACCUCGAUCCGGACGCCGUCGUCGACCCGACGUCCCGCACCACCCUUUCCGCGCUGGCCAACCAGCGGAAGCUCAUCAGAGGUUCCCUGGAGGAGCAGGAAUUCUUCGGCGAGGUGCUGCUCGGCAUCAAGCAGGUCAUCCAGACGCAUAUGAAGGAGAUACAGGUGAAGUUUCAGGACGAGUUCUUCAACCUGGAGCUGGAGGUGAAGAAGCGGGACGACAUCAUAUCAAAGCUGCAGAACCGCAUCCUGGAGCUGGAGGCCGAGCAGCAGUACGUCGGCGUCGGCCUCCAGGUGCAGCUCCCGCCGGAGCACCCGAAGUCCGGUUCUUCCGGGUCCGGCAGCACCGGCUCGUCGAACGAGUUGCCGUUCAUGCGUGGCGACUCGCUGGACACGAUCUUCGCUUCGUCGCCCCACUCGGACUCGGACGCCCCUCGGCAGCCCAAGGUGCGCAGCCGGAAACCCCGGACGUCACCGCGCCACCGGCAGCUACGCAACCGACCGACCUGGGACGAAUCGACCGAUCAGGACAGCUUCGACCGCAAGGACUCACCGCCAUCAUCUCGCACUGCGUCCGGUAAUGGCGGCGGCGGAUCCGCACCGGUGCCAUCGCCUCCAGUGCCACCGCCAGUGCCACCGCGACGCAUGUCCACCACGGCGACGGCUACCUGCGUCACACUGUCCACGACCGUGACGGAGCACGGGCGGGCAGGCCGAACCCCGUACCGGGACCUGGUAAUUUCCGAGCUCACGGGGAAUAUCGUCUCCGACAGUGUGAUCGUCAACAUCGAGACCACGUCCAGUUCGCAGUCCGAGAACGAACACGAGGUGGCGGUGGAGGGACCCACGCAGGACAUUGCGGAAGAGGAAGAGGAGGGGGAAGAUGGGGACGACGAACAGGAACUGAGGCGCUUGAUGCGGCGAAGUCGCUCCCGGAGUCGCGAAAUGGACGAAGAUCGAGACAACGAUUACACUGACGGCGAGGAUUCUACCGAAGAUGACAACGCCGAAGAGGAGCUGGUGGCGGAACAGGAACAGGAACUGGAAGAAGAGGAAGAGGGCGAGGACGACGACGAGGAGCUGAACCACAACGAUUGGGAAGUGCGCAUGUUGGCGGCCGAAUUGAAGAAGCGCGAAAGCUUCAGUACGGACUUCCCGAGCGAACUCGAAGCUACCGGCGGGGACGGGAUGCUGCGCCGGCGGCACCGGAAGCGCAGCGACACGGACACGGAAGGAAGCGACGCCCCGGGAGCGGACCGGGACGCCUUCGGUCGGCCACGGGCUUCCUCCCUCGAUCAGCACAACCUGCAGCGGCGCGGUAACGGCUCGACGGCGGCGACGGCGCCUCCGACCGGCAGCCGGGGCUCGUUCCGGUCCCGGGGUGGCAUCUUCAAGGCCAUGAGCUUCGACCGGGACAAAGAUCGGCUCUGAGACUUAGAAUUUCACUGCGAGGUGUGCAUGUACUCCAGCAUCACCAAAAUGGUGGUGUUCGAGUGGACCACCGCACCGGACGGGGCCGAGGCCAGCGGAAGGACGCGAGUGAGUGAGGGUUAAGCGCGUAGCGGGCCCUGUGUCCUCUGUUCCCUUUUUUCUUCCCCCUCCGAAGUGCUUCAAAAGGCGACCGUUGUUAGUGAGAGUUCAAACAAAUUCAAUUGGCAAUUUACGUAGCAAUCGGCAAGCAUCUGUUACUCAUUCCCGUCCAGCAUUCGGUCUAGGGACCUCGCGCGAUCAGGGAUCGCAUGUUCAGGCUUUGGUUCGGCCGCCGGCAGGAUGGCUGUAGAGAAGUUAACAACGUUCGAAUUUACCGUACCUAUGUUGUCACCUUUGUGUUAUUGUCACGGCCUCGAUACGUUGUUGUUGGCUGUUACGACGGUAGACGCUCUAGUUCACGCCACUCCAUGGUUUUAGCACAAAGCAAUUAAGGUCCUGUAAAGCGCGCCACUAGAUGCGGCGGAUAGUGUACUAAGCGACCCCUCUCAGUUCGACUAGUCCAACGGUAGGGUUUAUAGAUUUGUAUCAAGACUUAUCGCGCAUAGACCACCUUCCCGAAUGAACUAAUGCAAAGCAAAAACCUAGCAAGUAAUACAAAAAGAACACAGAAAGUAGAACUAGUGAGCUAUAACUUGUUGAAAAGAGUUUUAAUAAUUGAUAGAAAACAAAUCAAACAUCAACACAAACAACAUACAGCCCCAACCAACCAAGUUGCAGUUACACAAACCAGACCGCUCCAAGCGAAGCAAGCAAACAAACACCUAACAAUCGACAACUAAAUAGGAUAGGCGACGUGACGGCAGCAGCAACCCUAAACCAAGAGAGAUAAAGUUACUACGUUCAAAACUAGCGAAGCAAAAACUACAAACUACGUUAUUAGUGUUGAAAUAGAGUUUAAUACCUUCUCUUCGCGGCAGGCAGGAGCAACCAAACAAUACAGUCUAUACACGAUACGAUAUUACUCUAGCGAACUGUUACAGGAAAACAGCCGAAUGAUGAUAGAAACAACACGCGUAACGACGUGUAACGUAGUGUAACGGGUGCGCAGAAAGGGCAAUUCGAAUUGUUUACAAAAACGAAAACGACCAACUGUACUUAUCACUUAGGCGUGCUAGGCGUGCUGAGAUGGAAUCUAGGCAACAGCGGAACAAAGCGGUUGAUUGAACAAAUUAAAUAAUCUAGACCUCUAAACAAAUAAUGCAUAAAACCACAACUUUUCUAGACAACCAACUAACACCCCCGUGCCGUGUGAUUUAGUUCAAACGAAAGAAA